AUGUGACCCGCACACCUACCGGAAAUGGCGUACAACCCUCGCGUGGCGAGGCGCCGCUUCCGCAAACAGAACGGUGGAUAGCUGUAUCGUGUUAGUUCAUAAAGUUUUAUGGUGUAAGUAAUCAAAAAUGGAAAAUUCUGCAAAAGCAGAGGAAUGUGCAGAGAUCUCUCUUGAAGAGGCAAAAGCACCAAUAAAUUCAGAAACAGUGUCUUCAUUCAAUAUUAAUGAAAUCUCAACCACUAUUGGGACUGGACUUUCUAAAGAGGCUCCUACCUGCGGGCAGGUAGACACACCAAAAAAGAGAAAAAUGGAGUUUGAAGAUGAUCUUGUAAAGGAGAGUUCUAGUUGUGGGGAAGAUUCUACAUACAAGAAAAGAAAACUUGAUGAUGAAACUGUCCCAGAAGAAAAAGGGUCUGGUGAUGAUGAAGGUAUUUCAAGGAAAAGAAAACUGGAAAUUAAGGAUUUUCCAAAAGAUGAACCUUCUGCUGAAGAUGGUACUAAGAAAAAGAGAAAAAUAGAACUCGAGGAUGUUCCUGAAAGGCACAAAAACUUGGAAGAAGGACACAGCUCAGCUGUGGCUGCCCACUACAAUGAACUUCAGGAAGUUGGUUUGGAGAAGCGUAGCCAAAGUCGUAUUUUUUACUUAAGAAACUUUAAUAAUUGGAUGAAAAGUGUCCUCAUUGGAGAAUUUUUAGAAAAGGUACGACAGAAAAAGAAACGUGAUAUCACUGUUUUGGACCUGGGAUGUGGUAAAGGUGGAGAUUUGCUCAAGUGGAAAAAGGGAAGAAUUAGCAAGCUCGUUUGUACUGAUAUCGCUGAUAUUUCUGUCAAACAAUGUCAGCAGCGGUAUGAGGACAUGAAAAACCGUUGUCGUGAUAAUGAAUAUAUUUUCAAUGCAGAAUUUAUAAUUGCUGAUAGUUCAAAGGAACUUUUGAUUGACAAAUUCCGUGACCCAGAAAUGUGCUUUGACAUCUGCAGUUGUCAGUUUGUUUGUCAUUACUCAUUUGAGUCCUAUGAGCAGGCUGACAUGAUGCUCAGAAAUGCCUGUGAGAGACUGAGCCCUGGAGGCUAUUUUAUUGGAACCACUCCCAAUAGCUUUGAACUGAUAAGACGUCUUGAAGUUUCAGAAACAGAAUCGUUUGGAAAUGAAAUAUAUACUGUGAAAUUUCAGAAGAAAGGAAAUUAUCCUUUAUUUGGCUGCAAAUACGACUUCAACUUGGAGGGUGUUGUUGAUGUCCCUGAAUUCUUGGUCUAUUUUCCAUUGCUAAAUGAAAUGGCGAAGAAGUACAAUAUGAAACUAAUCUACAAAAAAACAUUUCUGGAAUUCUAUGAAGAAAAGAUUAAGAACAAUGAAAACAAAAUGCUGUUAAAAAGAAUGCAGGCCCUUGAGCCAUAUCCUGCAAACGAGAAUUCCAAACUUGCCUCUGAGAAGGUGGAUGACUAUGAACAUGCAGCAAAGUACAUGAAGAACAGUCAAGUAAAGUUACCUUUGGGAACCUUAAGUAAAUCAGAAUGGGAAGCUACAAGUAUUUACUUGGUUUUUGCAUUUGAGAAACAGCAGUGAGCACACAUGCAGUAGCACGAGAGCAGCUGUGUUUCAUCUUAUGCAGGUCUGAACGAUCCAUCCUAGAUUUGACAACUUUCUGUUUAUUUUAAUUGUCCUAAAUGUGCAGGAUGCAGCAGGAAAAUGCCAGUGUAUAAAUUCAACGUUUGCUGUCUGUGACAGAUGAACUUUUGUGUGUGUAUAUAAGAAUGAAUAGGGACCUUUGUCUUUAAAAAUCUAUUUUUAAGUAAUUCUAAGAAUUCCAUCUAUCUUUACUCUCUUAGCUCAUAAAAAUUAUCACUUGUUAAAGCCACAGAACUCUUUCACAGAACUCUGAUCUGUUCAAUGUUUGUUUACAGUAUUAAAUUUAUUGCAAUUAUAGAGUUGAUGAGGGAGCAUACUGGUUUGUGGGGCAGGGUGUGUGUGCUCAUUUCCAUAGUUUUGUUAUAUAGUGUGUUUCAAGGUUAAAUGGUUUGCAUUCUGUACAAUUGAAUAUAAGUGUUCAAUAUAUAUUGCUAAACUUAUAAGUUUAAAACUAAAUUUUAGAUGGUCAUGAAAGUUAUUUACCUGUAAUUUUGGCCAAUGAUUACAUUUCAUUAUAAGUAAUAACUACUUUACUUGCUAAUAUGAUGCAUUUCUGGAACUGGAUAGAACAUUUCAGAGGCCAGCAUAGAAUUGUUUUGGAUUUUAGAGGCUUUCUCUGAAGAAUGUCCUACCAUAGCAAUUAAUGUUUCUAGUUAUCAAGAAUGUAGUUAGACAGAUUGACCUUUCUUUAUUGAAUAAAAUGCCAUAAUUCUUUUUCUCAAGAUUUAAUGAAAAUCUCUCUCAUGUGAACAUGUUGCACAUUUUCUUCAGAUUUAUAUGUGGUACGGCCACAGGAGGAUGUGACUAUAAAGGAAGCCUACAGAUAGACUCUGAUGAAUUCUCUCUGAGGUUAGCUGUCAGUUACUGGCACUAUGUGCUAUAGGCCCAUUACACACUUUGGCCCAAAAAGCAGCAGUUUCUCUUGUUCUUCUGUUAAAACGUGGACUUUGCACAGUGUAAGAUCCAGCAUCUCAUCACUAACUAGAAUUGCAUUUGCCAUUUCAGAACGAUUACAGUUGUCAGCCCUGGCUUCUUGCUUGAGUCCUUCCAAAACUGACACCUAGGUGAACUAUUGUCCUUACUUUACAUCACCACUUAGAAAAAUGUGGCAGUUUUUAGAUGUAGUGAAAAACUUAGCAAAGCAGAGCAAUUAUUGCAUAUUCUUUUAAAAAUCACUUAUCCACUGCAUGGUUUUAAUAGACAUUACUCUAUAGAAUUAUCUAGAGUACUUGUUUAAAAAUUAUAGUCUCUUAUUCAUUUAUAUACAUGAAUUGUUCAUGGUUUUAGAAUAGCAGAUCUUUUAGCAAGAGAACACAGGUUACCUACUUUUUGUUCCUUCUGCAGCCUGUCGAUACCCAGUUUGCAAGGUUGGAGUUACUAAUUUACAAAAAUUCAGAUUUUUUUGCCUUCGUGGUUUUUUGUAAGUCAUUUGGGGAAAUAAAUUAUAGUACUUCUUACUAUGGUGGCUGCCAUUAGCUAACUAAGAUUUGGUAAUGGUGCUGGGAUGGAGGAGAUAGUGAGCUUUUACUGUUACAUGUAUCUCCAAGUUCAUUGUAGUUCUGCUGAACAUGCCAGAAUGUAUUUCGAUAGUUCAAUGGAGUAUGAAAGCUGUAUUAUUUCCUAUCACUAUUCUCAUUUAGUGGUCUUAGCUAAUCCUAAACAAGUAAUAAAACAUAUUUUUAGCUGCCUCCUGCUCAUUCUACUCCAUGAAUGAUUUGGGGGAGAGAAUUCCCCCAAAUGCUGGAGUAAUUGGUAGUAAUACAAAACAGAGAAAAGGAAGCUGGAGGCCCCAGGGCCUCCAGUGGGUAGAAAGGAACAAAAGGAGCCCAAGUGUACCAUGCAAGGCUCUGGGGACUGAGUGAGCCGUGUGUGUGCAGAAGGGGUGCAGAACCAUGCCUGGACGAUGCCCUUUCCUUUGACCUCUGUUGGCCUCAUUUCCUUUUCUGUUCUUUACUCUCUGACAUCUCCUUGUUACAAUUAAGUGGGAAGUGACUGAAGAAGAAACAGUUAGGAAAAGGUAAUCCCUACCCACCAUCUCCCCUCACCAAGAUAAAAGCUUUGCACAUAAUAUACAUGCAGUCUCUGUAUUUGGUGAUUUUUCUAUUCAAGACUUGGAGUAAUUGUUAUGAAAGGGGCAUGGCUUUCCCCGUUGGGUCGCUGAAGUAGUUCAUGAUAAUGACUGCAGGGCAUUACCUGCCAUUCAGUGUGUCCUUGGUGAAAGUGGAAAUGAAGAUCAAGUCAGUCACUUGUCGACAGACACCACCUAAGAUUGGGGGGAUUGAUUUGGGAGCAUAGCUGGAUUCUGAUAUAACUAGAACACUCAAAUUGAAUUCUUUGGGUCUAGAAUAAGGGAAGGCACAAUGUAGCCACAGUGUUCAUGGAGAGAGAAACUAGCCAUUUCCAGCUGCAUCCAAAUGGGAGGUGUUUGGUGCCCAGUUUCUAGUGUGACUCCCCAAAGAAGUUUGCCUUCAGGGAGAGAAGGCAUUGAUUGGAGACUUCAACUUUUAUCAACUAAUCUGUGUUAUUACUUUAAAAGGCAGAUUAUCAGUACUGAGUCCUAGUCCACCACUUCCCCAGACCUGGAAAUGGAACACAUGAUUGCUGUGUAAAUUUGUGUUCCAGCAUUAAAAGAGCAUCAGAGCAGAGAUGUACAAAGCAGUGGGCUUUGAGGCAGGGUAUGCAGUUGAUCACCAGUGGAGAGGCAGAACAAGCCUGCCAGUUCUUAGACAUCAAUCCAGAUCUCCAGUCCCAUUAGCUCUCCAGGGAGAUUAUUUUUCAGCUUUCUUAGCUGAUUGCCAUUAUGGUAUUUUGAUAUAUCUUCAGAUACCUGUCUCAUAAAGAUUUGGCUGCUUCUGUGGGUCUGCCUACAGGGAGAAAAUGCCAGUGUGAAUAUUCUAGAUUCUGAACUUCCCAUUGUAGAUGAACUCUUUGUUGUCUACCUCAGAUUUUGUAUCAUGAGCCGGUCACUAUCAAGGCCCUGGGUCUUCAAAAUAGAGGUCAGGUCCAGGGACAAGGGUGCCAUAAUAAAAGUUUACCAAAAUGCCUGUGGUAGUUUACUGGCCUUUGGUAAAAUAGGAAGCAUAUGGUGUCACCACCUCCCUAGAUGCUGUUAUGUCAAAAUACUUACACCUGGUAAGUUUCAUUUCCCACCCUCUGACAGAGCAACAUUUCUGAUUCUCUGAAGGCAAUGGAUGCAAUAGCUGCUACACUUAGUGAUAGACUUUUUAGCAGGUAUAACAGAUAUAUUUGGGACUGGGCUGGGGAACAGCCAGCUCUCCACCUCGGGUCUUCCGUUUCUCCUCUGCUCCCAUUCCAUAGCCGUGAGGCAUGUGUGCGUGCUCUUCACUGCAAUACUUAGCAUAUGUGGGAUUCUCAGGAGUACUCCUCAGUUUCCCUGGGGAGACAUGUGGGGGUCAGUCCCAAAGCCUGCUGCUCCUUACUUAUCUUGGGGACAGCAUACCUUAGAUAAAGCCAUGCUGACAGCUAACACUUACUAAGCUCCAACUUAAUAUUGUUUUUCUAAACGUUUUGUGCAUUAACUUAUUUAGAUUUUUAUAAUAGCUGUAUGAGGUAAGCACCAUUACCCCUACUUUAAUAAUGAGGGAACUAAGGCACAUAAGAGGGAAGGAAUCAUUUCUUUAGUCUGAAUUGGUAAUCCAGGCAGAGGCAUUUUUGUUGAAGUAUAAUGUACAAACAAGUCCAUGCUUUUUCACAAAUGGAACACAUGUAUAAUCAGCGUCCCAAUCAGUAAUAUUACCAGCACCCAGAAGCCCCCCUUGCUUCCUUCUAGUUACUACUUCCCAAAGGGUAACCACUAACCUGACUUCUAAGAGCAUAGAUUGUUUUGUCUGUUUUUGGAUAUCAUAUGAAUGGAACCAAGCAAUAUGUAUUCUUUUAUAUCUGGCUUAUUUGCCCAACAUUACAUUUGUUAGAUUUUUGUUGCAUGUAUUUGUUCCAUGCUUCCCAUGGCUGUAUAGUAAUCCAUUGUGUUAAUAAACUGCAUAUUUAUCUGA